CCUGCAUGCACGUACCACAUUUUUCAUUUUUAUUAACAAAAUUUGGCAAUAUUUUACAACAAAGAAUGGGAAUCGCAUUGCGGCUUCUAAUGGUGGUUGGCAUGCUCAUAUGCCUUGCCUCUGCUGCACACGCCGCCGAGGGAACCGCCACUUUCUAUACAGCUCCUUAUGUCCCAUCUUCAUGCUAUGGAUAUCAAGAUAAUGGAGUAAUGAUAGCAGCAGCGAGCGAUGCGAUAUGGAACAACAGAGCGGCAUGUGGAAGAAGGUACAGGGUGAGAUGCAUUGGGGCAACCAAUCAGGGUGUGCCACAGCCUUGCAGAGGUGACGGUAAUGGCGUUGUGGUUAAGAUUGUUGAUUAUUGUCCUCCUGGUUGCCAAGGAACCAUUGAUCUUUCCAAAGAAGCUUUCUCUAAGAUUGCCAAUCCUGAUGCUGGCAAAAUCAAGAUCCAGUAUACUUUGGUCAGUUGAGAGCUGAAGUUAAGAAGCAUACCUAUAAUAUAGAAAAGGGCAAACUACAUCGAUAAAUAUUAUAUAUAUAUAUAUAUAUAUAUAUAUUAUAUGUGUGAAAAUAAGCAGCAAAUUGAUAUACAUCACUGGAACUUGUAUUUACAUGCAUGUUUCAUAUGUGAUAUAUUCAAGAUAUGAUCAUAAGCUGAUAUUAUGUAAUAUGUAUUAUGAAUAAA